GUGCGCGAUGUCACCUUUUUGAAAGAUCAUCGUUAUGCUGCACGAAUAGAUCUGCAUACAGCUGAAGGAUUUAAGAGUGCGAAAGAGCUUGAUGGGCAACAGUUCAGAGGGCGCACCCUGCGAGUGUAUGAAAUCCGAGAAGAUAGAAUCCGUGAAAGACCAUCUCAACAAGACCUGCAAAAUCGCCAGUAUAGCAACGAUCCGCCUCCGUAUAAUAGGGAUAAUAGCAGUAAUCGUCCUUACAAUAAUUCGAACGAUUAUCGUGGCAAUUCGCAGUACCGUGGACCACCAAUGGGUGGGACUUUCCCACGUGGCGGAAAGUUCUAUAACAAUUAUGAUGAGUACAAUAUGGGACGUUAUCCCCCAUCAGGAGGCCAGCCUUAUCGCGGAAACGGUCCUUAUUACCACAAUGCACCGUAUGGAGGAAGUGGAUACGCACCUCGGUCGCGCGGUAUGCAUAAUCGGGGUGGCGGUUACGGUGGAGGACGAGGUAGUUACUAUGGGAGUCAAGAACUACAGAGAAGUGACAGCUACCACCACGAUGAAAGAGAGAAACCGGGUCCAAUUUC